GGCGCUGUAGUAACGAGAGCAGUCACAGCAGUGAGCAAGAUGGCGACGCCCAGUGAAUUGUCUCUCGACGAGAUUCGGAAAUAUCUAUUGGAAAACGGUGGAACGGCGCGUAAUCACGAUGUCGUGAAGUACUUUAAAAAAUUUUUAACCGAUCCGGAAACGAGAGUGGAAGCACGAAAUCGAUUCAAGGAGUACGUGAACACUCUGGCCACCAUAAAGAACGAGGAGGGAGAAAAGUAUUUGGUAUUGAAGAAAAAGUAUCGGCAACCAUCGUUGGACCUAACGUGUUCGGAGCAAGUAAAUUUAGCUCAUGGUUCGCCUAAUUCACCCCUUCGAGAACCACCUCCUUAUCGAUCACCACCAGCUGCACCCCUCAGUCCCUCUUCUAAUAAUAAUAAUCAAGAAAUAAAUCGUGAGAACGAUCCACGUACGAAUUUUGAUAGUGACCUUGAAACAAGAAAGAAAAAUAAUUUCAACGAAGUUGGAUCGUCUAGUGCAUCAUCGCCACCGGUACCACCACGUCGAAAGGGUCAGGAUAAAAUUAGGAUGGAUAAUAAAGAAAAUGUUGAUAGGAACAAGACUGGUACCGAUGGGGUUGUUAAAGAAGAUGAGAUCACUGCUGCGAAUCCUGGUUCCGGUGAGGAAUUGAGCUUCCGUGAACGGAUGCAACGUUUCGAUCGGAUGGCCAAUGAAACUGAUCUACAUGGCAGGCCUAACGGUACAACGACACCUACUAAAAAACGUUCUGAAAAGGGCGCAGACGAUGAAGACAGUGCUUCGGUUGCCUGGCAAUUGGAUGGAAAAUCACGAGAAUGGUUGGUGAAAGCUGCUCAAGGAGAUUAUCACGAACUUGCGAAAUUGGCUGCCGAGGAACCACGUCUUACCGGAUUAAAGACGAAACUAUCCAAAAAGAACAGAACACGCAACAAUUGAUUCUAAUGUACGAUGAAAUGUGAUUAAAAAAAAGAGAGAAUGAGAGAAAGAGAAAGUAAUCGAGAAAAAAAAAACAAAAGAAAAGAAAACAGAAAAAAUAUAUAUAUAUAUUAAAAUACCAAAGAGAGCAGAGAUGAAAUGAAAAAAAAAAUUGAAAAAUAAAAAAAAGAAUAAGAAGAAGUUUUCUCGAAGGGAGAAACUCGUGAAAGUGAUUCAAGAUGACUCGGAGGGUUGCGUCUUGGGAGCUUAUAAAUCGUUUCCAGGUUUUUGGCGCCUACUCUACGGAGACGGCUGUCAAGCGUUAUUCUAACGACGUUUAACUAAUCACGCCUCGGAGAAAAUAUAUAUCCGUGAUGGGAAGAAAAGGGAGAAACCGAGGCUACUCGAUCACCCUGCACUCGACGUCGUUCGCUUAAUUUGUAUCAAAACAUGUCAAGAACGGGAAGCCACGCGCGUAGCUUUUACGAUACAUACUACUAUAACUUCUUCACAGAGAUAGACUAUACGAGUACUUUUAAAGUCUGGUUAUACUUGUGUUAACCAUACGUACAUCUUCCCAUCUGUUUAUUUAUGGAUAUCUUACAAAUAGGAUUUCCUACCGUCAAGGUUUUAU